AUGGACAUAACUAAUAAACUAGUUCAUUCAAAUACGAUUUCAUCAAUAAAUCCACCAAAACGUGUUCGAAUUGAAAGCGACGAUUGGAUCGAUAAAGCAUCACGAUCACGUUUUCUAGAACGUUGGAAAGAACAAGAAAUCUAUAUUGAUUAUUUAGAAUCACGCUUGAAUCAAUUCGAACAAUCAAUUGAUUCAAAUGAACGUGUACGUGAAAAAGAAGCUGAAUGUAAAAAAUUAAAAUCUAUGCUUAAUUAUGGUUUUUUAACUAAAACAACACAACAACAAUCAUUUGAACAAAUUCGUCAUUUGAUGCAAAUACCAUCAUUAUCUCGUUUAAGACAAACAUAUCUAGAUCCAUCAAUAAAUUUUAUUUUUGAUCAAAUGCGUGAUGAAAUUGAUCAAUGUCGUAAAGCACGUAAUGAAGCACAAAAUGAAUUACAAGCAUUUCAAUUUACAUCCGAUAGUAAAAUUGGUAAAAUGCUUAUGGCUCGAUGUAAAAAAUUACUUGAUGAAAAUGAACAAUUAGGUAAACUGAUUUCAUCGGAUAACGUAGCUAAACUUGAAGGUGAAGUGGCUUUACAAAAAAGACUUUUAUCUAAUAUGAAAAAUUCACAAAAAGAUUAUGAAGAAAUUAUGUUAAAUAUGGAUACAAAUAUGGAUGCUAUGUCAAAUACAUUAUUACAUAUGCGUAGUCAAUUAAUUGAUUCUCAUCGACAAAUUCAGAAUUUGAGUGAAGAAAAUAUUCGUUUAAAAAACUUAUAUGAAUCAAAUGGAACUAAUCAUAUCGCAGAAAAAUCAAAUAGGACUACACCGAAAAUUGAUAUAAGAAAUAAGUUAGAUGAUUUAAAUGGAACAAUAUCAUUACCAAUAGUUUCAUCAGUAAAUGAUAUAAUGGAUAUUGAUUCGAUUUCAUUGAACAGUACAACUAAUGAUAUUAAUCAACAUUCUACAAAGAAUAUUCCACAUGAAAAUGGAAUUAAUAUUAAUCAUUCAAACGAAAUUUUGAGAGAAUGUAUAUAG